AUGUGGCGAAUACCCCUGGGCCUGGCGUUCCUUCACAAGGAUCGCACGAUUAACAUCGACAGGAUCGAACAGAUUCUGGACGCCAAAUACAAUCGCCUGUAUGUGACAGUGGUCGACCAACUAGGCUUAAACGACUAUAUCUACACGGCUGGCUGGAAAAUCGAGACAGAAGAGCUGGUAGUUGUUUGGAUGCAAAGCUAUUCUGGCAAGCCCACUUCGCGAGAUGAUGGACGCAGCGAGCCGGCCCUCUAUACCACCCAUGCCCACCGAGACAGUCCCUUUUCGUCACCGAGAAUCACGAUGGCUAGCUGUAGUCCGACUAUCCGUAGCACCGCUGAUAGGUUCAAGAUCGUCACCGAACCCUCCAAGAACCAAGAACCAAGCGGGGGACCACGCAAACUCGAUCGCCAAGAUCGUUCACAACGCCAGCACCUUACCUUCCGUUUGACGAUGAGCGACCUCGAAGUUCCGUUCCCCUAUCCCGAUCCAAAGUGGAACGAUUACCCUUUGGAAGAGAUAAUGGAACGGUCAAUACGCCGAUAUCGCUUUUGGGACUCGCCCAGUACCCUCGAGUGGUUUCAAGCUCGUGGAUACACGCUCUAUGAACGCUUCAGCCUGGACCGGAAAGACCGCACCAAACUCCACCCAUCAUUAACAGUGCCGCGAAUGAAAAGCAACUGGGACAGCAAUGGCAAAUAUCCCUACGCGUUUAUCGGCGAAUACGAUCGCAUUCAGGAAGCGCCCGAUUUGCCUGCUUAUGAAAACAUGGGUGUACUGGCGUUUGCUCAAGACCAGCAAGGCCGCCAUGUCGUGAUCAAGCUUGUCCCUAACGAGUCGGACGAACUUCGAAUUUACGAGCUCCUCCGGGCUCAGGAUAUCGAAACCCUCAAGGAAUAUUUCUUCCCAAUGUGGGCCACGUUGUCGGACGUCGUCGAGUUCAUCAGAGCAAUGCUUAAAGGAUUGGCCUUUCUGCACAAGAACCUCAUCGUCCAUAGGGACAUGUCCACUGGAAAUGCUGUCAUCAACCAAUUCUCGGGCCAUUCUAACCCGCACGGAAAAGACAUCCGUCACAAGCUAAGGCGUGACGGCCAGGCACUGUACGCACUCAUCGACUACAACAUCUCUAUGAUGGUCCCCCCAGGGAUGGAACCGUCGGAAUUCCGGCUGCCUUACGUGUCCUGGGAUGGUGUAUACGGCGUUCCGGACGUCGCCCAGGGUGAACCAGACUACGAUCCUUUCGCCUGGGACGUUGGCGCCUUGGGGGCGGUCCUCUGCGAGUUCUUCCAGCAUGUGGAGACCUCCCUCUACUCGCACCCUUGUUCGACACCAUGA